UUAAAUAUUUCAAUAGUACAGUUACUGUCGGUGAAAUAUAUUUUAAAAUGUCGCGAAAUCAACUGCCAGACUCAUCAUCUUCACCACCAAUUAGCCAACUCUCUUUUCAUAAUUUCGAUGAUGACUUAAUCAAUGAACUACCGUCUUGCGUUUAUGCAAGUCAACAUCAUUCUGGCAACAGUAAUAAUAACAUUCGUAUGAGUUCAAAUAUUCGACAGAUACAACAUCAAUACUUACAUCAUACUGAAUGUUUAGACUCACCAACACCAUCAAAUAUAAGUCUUCCAGCAAAUAUAUCCAAUUACAAUUCAGCACCAUAUAAAAUCCAGAGACAACAAGCGAGUAUUCGAGAAAGGAAACGCAUCCAGAGGUCUGCUCCAACUGGUAGUAUCAAUUCAGCUUUCGAUGAACUGCGAGUCCAUGUACCGACAUUUCCAUAUGAAAAACGUUUAAGCAAAAUUGAUACUUUACGACUUGCUAUCGCGUAUAUUUCUCUCUUGAGAGAAGUCCUACAAACUGAUUAUGAUCCAUUAACUUAUGUGGAAAAGUGCUUGAGAGGAGAAAUCAAAGCUGAUCGCGCUAAUUGGAAUACCAGUGAUUUAACUGCUCGCUUAUCAUGGAUCAACUGGGAGAAUCUUGGAGUUCACCCAGGACGUAGAACUUUACUUACUUCAUUAGCACUCUCAUCUGAUCCACUUUGUGGACCACAUUGUGGACCAAACUAAAUUAAAUUUAGUACAAUCCAAUUGCUGUCCAUUAAAACUGAAAAAAUGCCAAAGAAAAAUACUCGUGUCAUGUGAAAUUAAAAGUCUUCCUUAAAAAUUAUUAUUGUUUUUUUUUUUUCAUAAAUUAAUUUUUUAUUAUAUUUUAAUUUUUAAUUCCUUGUUUUCAUUUAAAUACACUUAUUUUCAACAUCAGUAACGCUUUUUUAAAAUUUUUAUUUCAUUGUUAUUUAGUUUUAUUUAUUUUUAUAAUAAUAAAAUAAAUCAUCUAGUCUAGAGAUUUACAUUAUACAAUAAUAUACUACAUUGAGCGAGACAAGAGAUGGUGAUAGAUAUAUAGAGUUAGAUGCGAUAACAAAAAUAAAUU